ACCGCCGCCACUUCCUUCCGGUCACUCUAGCGAGCGGGAGGCCUCGGCUCUGUGGUCUCCCUGCCUCCAGGUGAGGGGCGCCGGGGCUGCCACGGCGCUGCUUGGGGCCGUGGACCGAAGCGCUACCGGGCCGGGGCUCGCCGCGCUCCCUGCCGCGCUUCCCGCCUCGCCUGUCUCCGCCUGGGGGCGAAGGGCCCGGAGAGGCGUCGCGCGCGCGUGUGUGGGUGCCUCAGCGCCGCCUGGCGACAUGUGGGGCCGGCUGCCGCUGCCGCAGGUGGCCCUGGCCGUGGCUCUCGGCGUAGUCAGCGGGCUCUACAUCUACCGGCCCAUCUUCCAGCCGCCCGGGCCGGAGCAGUCCCCUGACGGCACUGCGCGGUCGCCGGCGGUCGCCGCGCCGGAGAAGAGGCCCUGAGGGACUCGUGUGAACCGUGCCGCUGCCCUGGCGCCGCUCCCCGGUACCGCCUCCAGCGCAGGCCCGCGCCUCCCGCUGAAGGAAAUGGCGCCCACGCCCCCCAGCAACUGGGAGUGUUCGUCGCCUGCAGGGGAGCGGCCCUGCUUCUGCGGGUGGCUUCCUCCGGGCUCGGCCCCGCUCUGAGGCGAUCCGCCCUUUGAAUGUGUCGCUGCGUACGUGUGCGUUUGGUACCAGCCUAUAGGGACGUGAAUGUCGAAAUACACAUAAAAUUCUGAGUGUUCAAA